AUGUUAAAUCAAGACGUGGAAAGCAAUGCUUCUUCCGCCAAAAACAAUUUCUCUCAUUUUACUUUACGCCGAACUCCUUAUCGUGUCUAUGUGACUUCUUUUGAACAAGUGUGUCGUCAACAAUAUCGAGGAGAAGGUACUCCAGAAAAACCUUAUAUUAUUGAUUGGUUGCCGGAUGAUCUCGAGAAUCCUCAAAAUUGGCGUAGUUCGUAUAAAUGUUUGUUGACAGCGUUCGUGGCUAUCGCUACGUUAGCUGUUACUUUCUGCUCUUCUGCAUAUGUUGGCAAUGUUCGAGGUCUUCUCGAAGACUAUCAUUCAUCUGCUGAAGUCAUUACUCUAGGUAUUUCUUUUUCUGUCCUUGGUUUCGCUAUUGGUCCUCUUCUUUGGGCUCCUUUCUCUGAAAUACUUGGCAGGCGCAUACUUUUCAUUGGUACUUAUGCAGCCCUUACUGCUUUUAAUACUGGAACUGCAGCAUCUCAAAACAUGGCGACCGUUAUUAUUCUUCGUUUUUUUUCUGGUGCAUCUGGCUCUUCACCUCUAACUAACGCUGGAGGUACAAUAGCAGAUAUCUUUUCAGCAAAACAACGUGGACUUGCCAUGACUAUAUUUGCUGCUGCUCCUUUCAUGGGAGGUUUCACUGGUGACGGAGCUGGUUGGAGAUGGGUUGAAGGAGUUAUGGCCAUCUUUACUGGUUUUAUUUUUAUAACUGGAACUAUCUCUUAUCCAGAAACCUAUGCUCCAGUUCUUCUACGAAAGCGAGCAGAGAGACUGUCCAAAGCUACUGGAUUAGUUUAUCGUUCAAAAUUUGAAGAGAAACGUCAAGUCAAUAUAAUACGGCUGUUGAAAACUUGUCUUUCGAGACCUUGGUUGUUUCUCAUUCGAGAACCAAUUGUUUUCUUACUCUCACUAUAUAUGGCUAUCAUUUACGGCGUCCUCUAUAUGUUGUUUGGUGCUUUUCCCAUAGUUUAUGAAGAAGGUAGAGGAUGGUCAACUGGUAUUGGCGGGCUUGCUUUUCUUGGGAUAGCUGUGGGCUUUGUGAUUGC